GCUGUAUUGUUUUGCAGUGCCAAUUAAAUCUUGGGCAGAGAGCCCAGGGAAGGUCGGUAUCUGCCAACGUUACGAAUCCAGUCCCUGAAAUACCACAGUACGCUCGGUAAAUUACGAACUGGGAACGCCCUAACUACUGAGUUGUGGGUCAAGUGAUGUCCCAACCAAAAAAACACCCAAAGCAACAAAUUCCAUUCCCUUCACAACCCCAUGAAUUCACACCUUUGAGGUUCCGUGACCGCUCAAACAAACUCAUACCGCCAAGCAGUGGAAGCCAUGGCUACAUCUUCUCGCUUUGGGUCCAAAAAAGCCUACCUCGUCCUCUACAAUGCCGCCUCGGCCGUCGCUUGGGCCACCAUCCUCGGCAGGGUGGCCGUGGUGUUAGGAUGGAGGGGCCCAUUCUUCGUGCCGCUUGUGGUCGACAACUUUGCACGCAUCACACAGACAUUUGCCUUCAUGGAGAUUCUGCAUGCUCUGACUGGUGUCGUCCCUGCCCCGGUGUUUACCACAAGCAUGCAAGUCGCCAGCCGGCUAUUCCUGAUGUGGGCCGUCUGCUACCCCUUCCCGCAGCUGAACGCCAGCCCUUUCUACUCGUCGAUGUUGUGCGCCUGGAGCACGACCGAGGUGAUCAGGUAUUCCUACUUUGCGCUGAAGCAGGUAGAGAGCGUCCCAGGCUGGCUGCACUGGCUGCGGUAUAGCGGCUUCCUAGUAUUGUACCCAGUCGGCAUCAGCAGCGAGGUGGCCAUGACGCUGCAAGCGAUCUUCGGCCCGGCCGCGGAUUUGGCCCCGUGGUACCCCUAUGCGUUAGCGGCCGUCCUGCUCUCGUACAUCCCGGGCUCCCCAAUUCUCUAUUCCCACAUGCUCAAGCAGCGGAGGAAGUACCUUGGAAGCGGCAAGACGGCAGAGCAGAAGAAGAGGCAAUAGCGGAUGCCAUGCACGCCGUUUCGCUUCGCU